UGACGUGCCUCCUCUCCCCUUUUGCAAAGUAUUUGAAUCCCCUUCCUGACCGUUGCAUUGUGUUCUUGUUUCUCAUCUUGCACAUCAUUCACUCUUCCCAACGAUCAGCAGUCCUUCGUUGAACAAAAAGGUCAAUCGUUUCUAAACAAGAUUCAAUAACGCAUAAUCCCUCACCCCCCUCGACAAUUAUACUAUAAUACAUCCUACCCCCACCAACACCAUGAAGUCAGCAGUUGUUCUAGCUUUUGCUACACUCGCCGUCGCAGCUCCUGGCGGCGGUCAGGGAGCCGGAUGGGGUUCUGGCGGCGACAACGGCAAUGGCCAAGGUCAAUGGGGAGACCAAGGUGGCAAAGGUGGCCAGGGCGCCGGUGACAGCGGAAGCUGGGGAGACUGGUCGAGUCAAGGCGGAAACGGAGGUCAGUGGAAUGACUGGACAUCAUCAUCACUAGCACCAUCCCCCACGACUACUUCCCUUCCCCCUCCCCCUCCUCCCGUCUCUACCACAUCCCAGUGGGAGGAGUGGAGUUCGACGACGACGACGACGACAAAAACCACUACCACUACCACUACCACUUCCAAGCUCACCCCCGUUCUCGAGACGACGACCAGCCAUUGGCAAGAUUGGACGAGUACUAACUCUGUGCCUCCCGCUCCAGCUCCCGAGAGUUCCAAGUGGCAAGAUUGGACGACCUCGGCGCCGCCAGCUCCCAUCACCACUUCUUCAGUUCCUCCGGCGCCAGUUGUGACUUCAUCGUCUCAUUGGCAGGACUGGACUUCUUCCGCACCACCAGCCCCCAUCGAGACCAGCUCGUGGGUUGAAUGGACGACCUCUUCGCCUGCGGCACCGGUGGAAGUGAGCACUUCCCAUUGGCAAGAUUGGAGCUCGUCCGUCGCGCCCAUUUCCACGACGACUUGGGGUUACUGGACUUCUGCUUCCCCCGUCGCGCCGGUCAUCGAGAGCACCAGCUCGUGGGCCGACUGGUCCUCCAGCGUCCCUGUCGCUCCGGCUUCCAGCAGCUCGUGGAGUGAUUGGUCUUCCACGGUUCCGAUCGUUACUUCCACACCGACGCCCGUGGCUCCCACGACUUCGACAUGGGCGACCUCCGUCCAGUCGACGACACCUGUUGCUCCGAUCGCCAGCCAGUUCACCGGCGCCGCUGCACCGGUAGCCACCGGCGGAGUCAAGAUUGCUGGCGCCGCCGCCGCCUUGAUGGUCGCCGCCCUGCUUUAGAAGCGGGAACACAUCACCAUCGCUACCCUCGACCACACUCAAAACGACAGAACCCCCCCGUCUCUUCGACUCUCGUUCCCAACACGUUUGGCGGGACAGAAUCGCGAUCGAUUCGGGUCUUGUUCAUUUCGCUUUCUUGUUUGGAACCAGCAACCACGGCUUGCUUGCUUUGCUUAAUGACCCACGACCACUAAUGAGAAGAAAAGGGGCACCGAACCCCCCUUUUUCAAAAACACCCACGAGACUCAUGAUCACUCCUUUACAUGAGGAUCCCACUGGCUUGGAAUCAGGAAUCAGGAAUCAGGAUAUUUUGGAGAAACAAAAGGAAGAAACCACCGGAUGGAUAACAACGGAGAAAAAAAGGAAUGGACAUUUUACCCCCCAUCUGGAGAAGGGGCCACAAAUGUGUAUGUACGUCAAUGUCAAAUGUCAAAUGUCCAAUUGUUCAAACAAACAAACAAACUCAACCCCAAAGGCAUCGUUUCAGCAGGAAUGGGCACAUCAUGUCUAGGUUGGGGUUUAUGUACGAGAAUAGAAUCAAUAGAGUCUUGAAUAGAAUAGAAAUUGUCAACCAAAACAAAUCAAACGACCUUUUUGAAUGC